GUCUACACUAUUCGAUAUUCAGAAUCAAAUAAGUCUCGACUAAUUCAAAUUUAAUUGAAUCAUCGUAUUAAAAAAUAAAAUUCUGCCAAUCGUAGAUUAAGAAGACUGGAACCUGAUCUAGAAAAAAGAGAUGCCGAACCUCAACGUACCACUUUGGUUUCUUUCUCUUCCCCUUUAUCCCUCGGCUACUGUAUGGUGACUAUAUAGUUUCUGAAACAGUCUCCUCAAGAUUCUUCGUCACUCUCCGAAAAUGGCCGACGACUGUGAGGAUCUCGAAUCUCUUACCAAUCAACUUAGCAGCCUUGUGACCUCCCUUCAACAACAGGGCAUCUUGGACAAGUAUUUCGACAUUUUUUACAAGGUGAAGGAGGACACAGGCAACCCUCUCUUCUUCCUGCGAACGGCCUUGGCCUUCUGCUCCAACGCCGAAAGGCUCCUGAAUAGUCUUCACAGGGCCUUGCAUUUUCCCGUUGUAGACUUCAAUGAUAUUCUCGAGUACAAUAUAAAGCUCAAAGGGAGCAGCUCAAGCAUCGGUCUUCGUGGAAUGGUACUUGGAUGUGCUGACCUAGCAAAAGCUAUUAACCGCGAAUCAAGGGAGGGGUGCGUCCUGGCAUUGGAACGACUCAACCGGGAAUAUCAGGUUGCUAAGGACAGAUUGGCGACUAUACUCGAGUUGGAGCGCAAGAUCACGUCUCUUAACAUGGACAAAUCGUGAAAUGCAAACGCGGCAUCAUCGAGCGCGGUACCAGGUUUGUGCUUGUUUACAAUAUUCGGCCUAUGUUUGCAUGGGUUAAAUUACUGUACGUGUUUUAGUUAUGAUCGAUGGUUCGCGUUGCAUUUGGCUAUAAAGAUAUGUAGGUAGUUAAUGUAAUAUGAGCAAAGAACUUAUAUGGUGUUUCCUUCUCGUGUCUACUGAAUAUAUCUCCAAGAAAUUGUACCAACUUAUGCAUCUGUGUUUACAAGAUCUGCGGAUGAAAUUUCUUAAUGCGCA